AUGGCUGUUGCGCUUCAAUUCUGCCGAUUAUGCGUCCGGCCAGAUACGUUCGUGCUGGAGAAUCAUUUCGCUCGAUCUGGGUCUCUCCGGCGCCGGAAAACUUUAUCAGUCCGGUGCUCUUCUGGAGAUGAGGACAUUCCUUCACCAUCGGUAGUGAUGGAUUCCGAUUUCGACGCGAAGAUUUUCCGUAAGAACUUGACGAGAAGCGAGAAUUACAAUCGUAAAGGUUUCGGUCACAAGGAAGAGACUCUCAAGCUCAUGAAUCGAGAGUACACCAGUGAUAUAUUGGAGACACUGAAAACAAAUGGGUAUAUGUAUUCAUGGGGAGAUGUUACGGUGAAACUCGCUAAAGCAUAUGGCUUUUGCUGGGGAGUUGAGCGUGCUGUUCAGAUUGCAUAUGAAGCAAGAAGGCAGUUUCCAGAGGAGAGGCUUUGGAUUACUAACGAAAUUAUUCAUAACCCGACUGUCAAUAAGAGGUUAGAAGAAAUGGAUGUUAAAAUUAUUCCGGUUGAGGAUUCAAAGAAGCAGUUUGAUGUAGUAGAUAAAGAUGAUGUGGUUAUCCUUCCUGCAUUUGGAGCUGGCGUGGAUGAGAUGUAUGUUCUGAAUGAUAAAAAGGUGCAAAUUGUCGACACGACCUGUCCUUGGGUGACAAAGGUCUGGAACAUGGUUGAGAAGCACAAGAAGGGGGAAUAUACAUCGAUCAUUCACGGUAAAUAUAAUCAUGAAGAGACCAUUGCAACUGCGUCUUUUGCAGGAAAGUACAUCAUUGUAAAGAACAUGAAAGAGGCAAAUUAUGUUUGUGAUUACAUUCUCGGUGGCCAAUUUGAUGGAUCUAGCUCCACAAAAGAGGAAUUCAUGGAGAAAUUCAAAUAUGCCGUAUCAAAGGGUUUUGACCCCGACAAAGACCUUAUCAAAGUCGGUAUUGCAAACCAAACAACGAUGCUCAAGGGAGAAACAGAGGAGAUAGGAAAAUUAAUUGAGAAGACAAUGAUGCGUAAGUAUGGAGUGGAAAAUGUAAAUGAACAUUUCAUCAGCUUCAACACAAUAUGCGAUGCAACUCAAGAGCGACAAGACGCAAUCUAUGAGCUAGUGGAAGAGAAGAUUGACCUCAUGCUAGUGGUUGGCGGUUGGAAUUCAAGCAACACUUCUCACCUUCAGGAAAUCGCAGAGGCACGUGGAAUCCCAUCUUACUGGAUCGACAGCGAGCAACGGAUAGGACCUGGGAACAAAAUAGCCUAUAAGCUCCACUACGGAGAGCUUGUCGAAAAGGAGAAUUUUCUUCCAAAGGGACCGAUCACCAUUGGUGUUACAUCAGGUGCAUCAACCCCAGAUAAGGUCGUGGAAGAUGUUUUGGUGAAGGUAUUCGACAUUAAACGUGAAGAGUUGUUGCAGCUUGCUUGA